CCAGUUUAAGUGAUAAGGCAAACGAAUUAUUUCUUUUUAAGUCCUAUGAACUUGAAGCCUCUAGUACUUUUUAUUAGAAAUUGAUCGACCUGCUGCCUCCUAACAAGAUCAACAUCUAGCAUUUUGUUUCUUCCAAGAGGUCUGCUCUAGAUCACCAUGUCAAGCCAACGGGUGAAAUUGCAUAUCCAAGAACGUCAUGUGGUGAUGGACAAUGGCAUACUCCAAGUCACAAUAUCAAAACCUGAGGGAAUAGUAACUGGUAUACGUUACAAUGGCAUCAGCAAUUUGCUUGAAGUUCGAAAUAAUGAGUCUGACAGAGGGUAUUGGGACCUUGUCUGGAGCAAGGAAGGAAGUACAGGAACAACAGGAACAUCCUAUGUGAUUAAAGGAACAUAUUUUAAAGUUAUAGUGGAAAAUGAGGAACAAGUAGAAAUCUCAUUUACAAAAUUGUGGGAUCCCUCGCUUGAAGGACAGCUUGCCCCUUUGAACUUAGACAAGAGGUUUAUAAUGCUCCGAAACUCCUCAGGUUUCUAUUCCUACGCCAUCUUUGAGCACUUGCAGGAAUGGCCUGCUUUCAACCUCCCUCAAACCAGGAUUGUAUUCAAACUCAGGAAGGACAAGUUUCACUACAUGGUAGUAGCAGAUAACAGGCAAAGAUACAUGCCACUGCCAGAAGACCGGUUAUCUCCAAGAGGCAAACCCUUGGAUGUCCCUGAAGCUGUACUACUUGUCGAUCCUGUGGAGCCAGAAUUCAAAGGAGAGGUGGAUGACAAGUACCAAUACUCAUGUGAGAACAGAAAUGUUCAGGCCCAUGGCUGGAUAUGCUUUGAACCUCCUGUGGGGUUCUGGCAAAUCACACCCAGCAAUGAAUUCCGAUCUGGUGGACCUCUCAAACAAAACCUUACCUGUCAUGUCGGUCCGAUCAAUCUUGCAAUGUUUCUGAGUGCCCAUUAUGUUGGGGAAGAUAUGGUGCUGAAAUUCAAACACGGCGAGCCAUGGAAGAAAGUUUUUGGUCCUGUUUUUAUCUAUCUGAACACUUUGUUAGACGAAAAUGACCCGCUUUUGUUGUGGGAGGAUGCGAAAGAACAGAUGUUAAUUGAAGUUCAAAGCUGGCCUUACAGUUUCCCAGCUUCAGAGGAUUUUCCAUCAUGCAGUCAACGUGGUAGUGUCAGUGGUAGAUUGCUGGUUCGAGACAGGCAUGCUAGUGAUUCUGAUAUACCAGCAAAUGGUGCUUAUGUGGGAUUGGCGCCACCAGGAGACACUGGAUCAUGGCAAAUUGAAAGCAAGGGUUACCAAUUCUGGGCAGAAGCAGACAAAGAUGGUUAUUUCUGUAUCAAUAACAUCCGCACCGGAAACUAUAACCUUAACGGUUGGGUUCCUGGUUUUAUUGGAGAUUACAGAUAUGAUGCGGCCAUUACCAUAACUGAAGGUUGCGAUAUUGACUUGGGAGAUGUAGUAUACGAACCUCCAAGAGAUGGACCCACAUUGUGGGAAAUAGGUAUCCCUGAUCGUUCUGCUGCAAAAUUCUAUGUUCCUGAUCCUGAUCCCAAGUAUAUCAACAAACUUUAUGUCAGUCAUCCUGACAGGUUCAGGCAGUAUGGACUAUGGGAAAGAUAUACAGAUUUGUACCCUGAUGAAGAUUUGGUUUACACUAUAGGGACCAGUGACUAUAGCAGAGACUGGUUCUUCGCCCAAGUUCCCAGGAAAAUAGGUGAUGGUAAGUACCAGGGAACUACAUGGCAAAUUAAGUUCAGCCUUGAGAAUGCAAAUAAGAGUGGAACAUAUAAUCUACGAUUGGCACUUGCAACUGCAAAUAGUGCUGAAUUGCAGGUUCGCAUUAAUGACCCUGGAACCAAUCCUCCCCUAUUUUCAACUGGAGUAAUUGGACAUGACAACACAAUUACAAGACAUGGAAUUCAUGGAUUGUACAGACUCUACAGUGUAGAGGUCCCAGGUGCUCAGCUCCUGGAAGGAGAUAAUAGCAUUUUCUUGACCCAACCAAUGUUUACAAGCCCUUUUCAGGCUGGAAUCAUGUAUGACUACAUUCGUCUGGAAGGACCCACUUCCUCUAAUUCUUAGAAUAACCAAGUCAUGCUUAAUAUAGCCACUAAAGACACUAUUUUCUGAUUAAAAUUUUAUACCAAGAAAAUCCAGUUUUACAUUUAGCUCGAAAUAUAUAAAUAUGUAUUCAAAAUAUAAAAUAUCUGUACUCAAUUCUCUGCUACACUAUGGAUAUGGAUAUUACAGAGAUUUGUCGAGCC